AUGGCUUCCUUCGAGACAAGAUUGUUCAUUAACAACGAAUAUGUCGACGCAAAGAGUGGAGAGCACCUUGCGGUGUACAAUCCCAUGGACGACUCGCUGAUCUCCGACAAAAUCCACGCUGCUGGCGAAGCCGAUGUUGAUGCUGCUGUUGCUGCCGCAAAGGCAGCUUUCAAAGGCCAAUAG